UUGGCAUGCCUGUACUACGCAUGUGUGAUAACUUAACCUUCUUGAGAAUGUUUAGUUCAAUCUAAUGUGAUCUGAUCUAAUUUAAUUUUUAUUGUCUAUUAGACACUAAUCAGCAGUGAUUAGUAAAAUUGGUUAUUGAUUAUAUUUAUCUGUUAUUGACAAACAUGCCUCGAUUGUUUUUACACCCUUCGUCUGGAACAGGAGUUGUUACGCGCUUCCAAAAGGCAAUACGGCUGGCUCGUUAUGGCUGUACCAACAGACCAUUUUAUCAUAUUGUCGUAAUAGAUGUAAAAAAACAUCAAAGGGGGUCACCGGUGGAACAAGUUGGCACUUAUGAUCCUAUUCCAAAUGCAAACAAUGAGAAACUAAUAUCCUUUAAUUAUGAAAGAAUACAAUAUUGGAUUGCCAAAGGAGCACAAAUAUCCACACCUAUUGCAGAAUUACUAGGACUAGCUGGAUACUUGCCUGUUCACCCAAGAUCAUACAUGAAAGCAUGGAGAAAUCGCAGAAAGGAAAAAGCGAUUGCAGAAAAUGUGUCACAAGAGCAAACAACAGCAUCUGAAAGUUAAGAUGUAUCUUUUGUGUGGCAAACAUUUGUGCUUUGUAAAUAUUUUGCAGUUUAUCAAUAAAAUUAUUAUAUUGUUUAAAUAGAGAUAUUUGAAAAAUGUA